AUGCUGUUAUUGUGUGCAGACGUGGUUCCCUUGCGCUCUCUUGAUUUCAUCUUAGCCAUGGCCCCCAAACAUCCUACCCCAUCUACCCCUUCUGCUGCCAAGAAGAGGAAGGUGCUGAGCCUAGCACUGUUGAUGGAGGUGUUCAAUGCAGACGAAACUGGCCUCUUCUACAAGAAGAUAAGGAAUCGAACCUACAUCCACAAGGAAGUCAAGAAGCUGCCAGGAUUUAAGGCAUUCAAGGACAGACUGACACUGCUGUUUGUGAGGAAUGCUGCAGGAGACUGCAAGAUCAAGCCACUCCUUGUUUGUCGUGCUGCCAACCCACGGGCUCUGAAGGAACUGAACAAGCGGUUCCUUCCAGUCGUCUGGAAGUCCAACAAGAAAGCCUGGGUGACAGCUAAGAUAUUCGAGGAGUGGUUCCACCACGACUUCGUCCCUCAGGUGCAGUUGUAUCUUGCUGGGAAAAACCUGGCUUUCAAGGCUGUGUUGCUGGUGGACAAUGCUGGUGGACACACUGCACAGUCACUGAACCUGGACCACCCAAAUAUCUGUGUAUCCUACCUUCCCCCCAAGACAACAUCACUGCUUCAACCGAUGGACAUGGGAGUCAUUAAGACAUUCAAGUGUAAUUAUCAAAGGGCUGUCUACAGGGAAGCCCUCAAGAAAAUGGAUACAGACAGCAGCAUGACUCUCAUGGACUUCUGGAAGCAGUACAACAUCCACAAUGCCCUCACUCUCAUCAAGCAAGCAUGGGAUGAAGUCCAACCAUCCACCAUCAAUGCCUGCUGGAAUGCACUCUGGCCUGAAUGUGUGCAUGACUUCAGAGGCUUCACUACAGUGCAUUCACAGGUCCAGGACAUCAUCAGUCUGGCCCACACAGUUGGGGAAGAAGGCUUUGAUGACAUGACUGAGGAAGAUGUGGAUGAGUUGCUGCAGCUGGAGGAAGAAGAGGCAAAAGGAGGUGCUGAUGAUGAGGAUCUUCAUGAUGAUGAAGAGACCAAGCCUGUCUUCACCAUCAAGACUCUUUGA